UGGCCUGGCAACAAGAAAACGCUGACCGCCCCCUGAGCCGUACAACCGGUACUCAACGAAUAUUUAGAGCAACGCACAGAUUAUUGAGAGUAACACACCGAGUAUUUGUAGUUAACCCCGGUGUAUUGGUAGUAGACCCCGUGUGCCGGUAGUUAACUAGGUUUAGGUUAGUUAGGGCUCGAUGUCGUCGCGGACCCUCCCGCUGCUCUUCCUCGGGCUCGGCGGGGAGAUGCUCUACAUCCUGGACCAGCGGCUCCGCGCGCAGAGCAUCCCGCCCGACAAGGCCCGCAAAGUGAUGAACGACAUCAUCACCACCAUGUUCAACAAGAAGUUCCUGGAAGAGCUGUUCAAGCCCCAGGAGCUGUACUCCAAGAAGGCCCUGCGCACGGUGUUCGACCGGCUGGCCCACGCCUCCAUCAUGAGGCUCAACCAGGCCAGCAUGGACAAGCUCUACGACCUGAUGACCAUGGCCUGUAAGUACCAGGUGCUGCUCUGCCCGCGGCCCAAAGACUUGCUGCUGGUCUCCUUCAACCACAUGGACGCCAUCAAGGACCUGGUGAAGGAGGCUCCGCCCAUCCUGAGCCAGGUGGACGACACCUACCGCCAGCUGAUAGAGAUCUACACUCCCCUGUCCAGUGGAGAGUUCCAGCUCAUCAGACAAACUCUGCUCAUCUUCUUCCAAGACAUGCACAUCAGGGUGUCCAUCUUCCUCAAGGACAAGGUCCAGAACUCCAAUGGACGCUUCGUCCUCCCGACCAGCGGACCAGUACCGCAUGGAACACAGGUCCCCAGUUUGAUCAGGCUGUUCCGCUGUAACGGGGAGGAGUCGAGGCGGUUUCAGUUCCAGAGCGGAGGGACCUACAGCAGCGCUCUGCGGCCGGGCUCCCUGGAGAUGUUUGGAGACCGCGUCAUCAAGCUGGGCACCAACAUGUACAGUGUGAGUCGUCCGGUGGAGACCCACAUGUCGGGAACCUCUAAGAACUCCGCUCAGAACACCAAGGUGAACACAACCCCCAACCCGCUAGCUAAAGAGGAGCUCAACAUGCUAGCUCGGCUCAUGGGAGGCCUUGAGGGCCAGAAACCAGGCAGCGCUGACAGCGGCUUCAGGGUCAACCUCUUCGCCACAGACGAGGAAGAGGAGGAGGCUCUGAUGUCCCGACCGGACGAGCUUUCAUACGGAGUGCUGAACAUACAAGCUACCAAGGACCAGCAGAGCGACGCAACUCUCUCAAGGAUCAUGGGGGAGUUUUCUGAGCAGGGCGACCCAGCCCCCAGAGCCUGCAGCAAGGGGGACGACCUGCUGGCCAUGAUGGACAUGAUGUAACGCUGGGGUCGGGACCGGGCUGCUGUAGGGCGUCCUGUAGGGUAGGGGGUCCCGGCGGGAGGCUCCAGGGGGUCCCGGGGGGAGGCUCCAGGGGGUCCCGGGGGGAGGCUCCAGGGGAUCCCGGAGGGAGGCUCCAGAGGGUCCCGGAGGAAGGCCCUUCACUGAGGCCACCAGGCUCCAGGGUCGACUCCUGGCUGUCUUUAGAGCGAGUCUUGCUGCCAUUGGGUCUUGAGGACGGCGAAUAUUUGAUAUCCAUUUCAAAGGAGAACGAUACAUCCCAUAAUAGGUUUGAGUGUGGAUGUUAUAACUGGAAGGUUAUCCUGGUCAGUGGAACCCAAGGGGGGUUGCUAUAGCAAUUCAAAUUAUUGAUCCUCCCAGCAGAAGAAUUAACGACAUUAAGAUCAUUAUCCUCAGUAAACGGGGUCAACUCCAGGGUAACCUACCACUUUUCCCAUAGCUGAUAUGUUUUACGUACGCCUCUUGUGGUCCCAGGUAUUUAACAUCGGGUGCUGAAAACAAUUUAUUUGUAAAUAACGGACAGAAAACUUAAUUUGUCCACUUUUUAACAUAAUGGAUGCUUCUUCAUUGGUCAUAAGCUCAUUGUGUAAUGUAAUAAAAUAGAUUUCACUAGGGGGCGCCCUUCUAGUAGUGUAUGUAGUCUUAAAGGCAACGCUCAUAAUUUUAAAAGAAGGUUGACAAAUUGUAUUAUACAAACUACUCAAGCUAAGUAAUAACCGUCAUUAUUCUGGCGAGGAAUUCACUUAUUGCAAUAAAUAGAUCCUUACAUUGUGUCUUUGUACAUAUUCAUUUGUAGAGCUACUUUAUUGCUAUGAACUUUGACCCUGUCCGACAAUACGCAAUAGUAUCCAUCUGCGUCCUGCAAGACAGGCGUGACUUGUAG